CCCUAACGGCCAACCCUACUAUAUAAACCUUCCUCUCCUCCCCACUCCCGCAGCCGCCGCCGCCCACGAAUUCGAAGCCCGUCGCUUGCGCCUCAUCCCCGCCGCGUCGCCGCCGGUCUCCUACCUCCGCCACCAUGGGAAAGACACGUGGUAUGGGAGCUGGGCGCAAGCUCAAGACCCACCGCAGGAACCAGAGGUGGGCAGACAAGGCAUACAAGAAGAGUCAUUUGGGGAAUGAGUGGAAGAAACCCUUUGCUGGAUCAUCUCACGCCAAGGGCAUUGUUCUGGAGAAGAUUGGUAUUGAGGCCAAGCAGCCGAACUCUGCCAUCCGUAAGUGUGCCCGUGUUCAGCUGGUGAAGAACGGGAAGAAGAUUGCUGCCUUUGUGCCGAAUGAUGGUUGCCUGAACUAUAUUGAGGAGAAUGAUGAGGUGCUGAUUGCUGGAUUUGGUCGUAAGGGACAUGCCGUCGGAGAUAUUCCCGGUGUCAGGUUCAAGGUUGUGAAGGUAUCUGGUGUGUCGCUGCUCGCGCUCUUCAAGGAGAAGAAGGAGAAGCCAAGGUCUUAGAUUGCUUGUGAUAGGCAAGAAUGAAGUUGUGCUAGCAAUAGAGCUGUUCAUUCUGAGCUGUAUCUUUGGGCAGCAUUACUAUUUUGUUUCCAUUUUGAAGAUAUUAAUAUUGCAUCGCCUGUGCUCUGAAGCUGAGAAAUCUGUCUCUCCGAGCUGCCUCUUUUGGUAUUGCACAUUGCCUGUUUGUUUUA